AUGGAUAGCAGGAACAUUAAUAGUGAUGUAAAAAAGCCAGACAGGAAAACACAGGAAAAAAACAGAAGAAUCAAUAUGAAGUCUCUUUUUUCUAAGCUCUUUGCUCUUAUUCCUCCCCACCACUUCUCUAAGGCAAUGCUGGCACAACAAGACCAAGUUGAUCAAGUCAUUAGUUACAUUGAGGAAUUAAAAGAAAGAGUAGAGGUUUUAAAGAGAAGGAAGGAUGGCACAACUAGUUGUAGUAUAAAAACACCAAUGGUUGAAGUGAGAGAGUUGGAUUCAACUCUAGAGGUCAUUUUAGUGAGUGGUUUGCAAAAGAACUUCACAUUGCAAGAGGUUAUAAUUAUCAUAGAGGAAGAAGGUGCUCAAGUUGUUUCCGCUAAUUAUUCAACAAUUGAUGAUAUGAUGUUUUAUACGAUCCGCGCUCAGGUGAAAAUUACGAGAUUAGGGGUUGAUGCAUCAAGGGUCAAUUUGAGAUUACAAAAGCUGGUUUCCUAA